AUGACCCUGGGCAGCUGCUGCUGCGAGAUCAUGUCCUCCGAGAGCUCCCCGGCCGCGCUGUCCGAGGCCGACGCAGACAUAGACGUGGUGGGCGGCGGCGGCGGCAGCGGUGGGGGGGAGCUCCCUGCCCGCUCCGGGCCCCGCGCCCCCCGGGACGUGCUCCCCCACGGCCCCGAGCCUCCUCCGGAGGAAACCGAGGCGGAUGCAGCCGAGGACGAGGAGGAGUCCGGCGGCUGCUCGGACGGCGAGCCCCGCGCUCUAGCGCCCCGGGGGGCGGCGGCCGCAGCGGGAAGCCCCGGGCCAGGCGCGGCGGCGGCCCGGGGUGCGGCGGGGCCCGGGCCGGGACCGCCGUCGGGGGGCGCGGCGACACGGAGCCCGCUGGUGAAGCCGCCCUACUCGUACAUCGCGCUCAUCACCAUGGCCAUCCUGCAGAGCCCCAAGAAGCGCCUGACGCUGAGCGAGAUCUGCGAGUUCAUCAGCGGCCGCUUCCCCUACUAUCGGGAGAAGUUCCCUGCUUGGCAGAACAGCAUCCGCCACAACCUCUCGCUCAACGACUGCUUCGUCAAGAUUCCCCGCGAGCCGGGCAACCCGGGCAAGGGCAACUACUGGACGCUGGACCCGGAGUCGGCCGACAUGUUCGACAACGGCAGCUUCCUGCGGCGCCGCAAGCGCUUCAAGCGGCAGCCACUACCGCCGCCGCAUCCACACACGCACCCUCAUCCGGAGCUGCUGUUGCGUGGCGGGGCUGCGGCAGCGGGGGACCCCGGCGCCUUCCUGCCGGGCUUCGCCGCUUAUGGCGCCUACGGUUACGGCUACGGCUUGGCGCUCCCGGCCUACGGCGCACCCCCACCGGGCCCGGCCCCGCACCCGCAUCCACACCCGCACGCCUUCGCUUUCGCCGCCGCCGCCGCGCCUUGCCAGCUGUCGGUACCCCCAGGCCGCGCCGCUGCUCCUCCACCCGGACCUCCGACGGCCUCAGUGUUCGCGGGCGCAGCCUCGGCUCCGGCCCCUGCGCCUGGCCCGGGCACAGGGUCGGGCCCCGGCCCCGCAGGCCUGCCCGCCUUCCUGGGCGCCGAGUUGGGCUGCGCCAAAGCCUUCUACCCCGCGUCGCUGAGCCCUCCCGCAGCCGGCACCGCGGCUGGUCUGUCUACCGCACUCCUGCGCCAGGGCCUCAAGACGGACGCGGGCGGUGGUGCGGGCGCGGGGGGCGCCGGGGCCGGGCAGAGGCCUUCCUUCUCUAUAGACCACAUCAUGGGCCACGGUGGCGGCGGGGCAGCACCCCCGGGCGGAGGCGAGGGCUCCCCGGGAUCGCCUUUCGCAGCGGCGGCGGGUCCUGGGGGUCAAGCCCAGGUCUUGGCCAUGCUGACUGCCCCAGCCCUGGCUCCAGUGGCCGGCCAUAUCCGCCUCUCGCACCCUGGGGACGCGCUCCUGUCCUCAGGGCCCCCGUUUGCCAGCAAAGUCGCCGGCCUCAGUGGCUGCCACUUCUGA